AUGGCGACACACGAACCUAACGAGAACCAGUUCCCAGACUUGGUAGAACUGGACGCCCUGCGCCUGACCGUGAUUGUCGACAACGAGGUCGACUUUAUGACCUCCGUCCCCAACGACCUCGGCCUCACUACCCAAGCCCAGUCUCUCUUCAAGGACCGUCGUCAUGUCGACAUGGAUAGGUCCACCAUUCCUUCUGGUCACCUCCACACCCAUCCUCAGGGGCACGCGACAGAGGGUGAAGGCGAUGAUGUGUCCAAGUGUGGGAUGACGACGAUUGAUUUCAAUUUCGCCGAUAUCUGCUGUGGUGCCCACGGCCUCUCAAUCCUUCUCACGGGAAUUAAGGACGGCAAGGAGCACAAAGUACUAUUCGACACCGGCCCACACUCGGCCAUCUUUCUCGAGAAUGCCAAGCGACUCGAGAUCGAGUUUGAAAAGAUUGAGGUCAUUGUCCUCUCUCACUGGCAUAUCGAUCAUUCUGGUGGUAUGCUUGCUGCUGUUGAGCGUUGUCAGCACGACCGUGAGCAGCAGCAGCAGCAAUCUGCUUCUCCAGUGGUGUUGGAUUUGCACCCGGAUAGGCCGGAUGAGCGCGGUAUCUGUUUGACAAGACCAUCGCCGCCUGGAUCAACAGCCUCGAAACCUAUCGAGUAUGUCGCUUGGGGUAAAGAGCCCUCCUUCUCCGCCCUCGAAUCCGCCGGCGGCAAGGUCUCGAAGAACGCAAAGGCACACACGAUCUGCGACUCAUUCUUCGGAGUCUCGGGCACCAUCCCGCGCAAAACAACCUACGAGACUGGACUCCCCAACCACGUCCGCUGGUCUGAAUCCACAAAAACCUGGUCCGCCGAACAAGAAAUCAUGGAUGAGCGGUACCUCGUUGCUCGGGUCCGGUCUAAAGGAUUGGUCGUUCUGACGGGAUGCUCGCAUGCGGGUGUUAUUAAUGUCUGUCAGGACGUCAAGCGCGCCUUUGGUGCUGGCAACAAGACAGAUGAUCAUAUCUUUUUUGUGGUGGGUGGGUUCCAUCUCGCAGGAGGAUCUAUGGAAACUCGUAUUCAAGAAAUCAACCCGACCUAUAUGGCACCAGGACACUGCUCGGGAUGGCGCGCAAAAUCGGCGCUCGAGAACGCCAUGACUGGACAAGUCGUCUCCCUUGGUGUUGGAAGUGACUUUUUCAUCACCCACCAGGAGGACUAA